AUGGCCGGCAGAUAUAUUCUUGCUGUUGAUAUUGGAACAACCACAAUUCGAUCUGUGCUUUAUAACGAGCAAUGUGUUGAAGUGGCGAGUUAUCAGGAGAAGGUGAAUACGAUUUACUCAUCAAAUGAGGAUGGAGAUGUACUUGUCGAAAUUGAGCCAGAAUUAUUAUUCAAACAAUUCCUCAGGGUUGUCGAGCAAGGAAACAAACAGGUCCCAGAAAAUGCAACGGUUAAUGUGGCUCUUUGCACUCAACGGAAUUCCAUUGUCUUGUGGAAUAGAAAAACGAAGAAGGAAGAAACGCGGAUAAUCUGCUGGAAUGACAAGAGAGCCAAUAAAGUGUGUCAGAAAAUGAAUGAAUCGUUUGUGCUGAAGACACUAAACUUCGUCGGUGCCGUACUUCAUACUGUAACGAGGAAGAAUCGAUUUGCCGCUGCGCAAAGGAUGAAAUUCUUGGGAGCGAUGGUUUCACACAGACUGAUGGUUACCAUUGAUAAGUCGGCUCAUUUAAAGAACCUGUACCGAUCGGGAGAACUAUCGUUUGGAUGCUUGGAAACAUGGCUGCUCAUGAGAUGCUCAGAGUUCAAUAUUCCAUGCGUGGAAGCUUCGAACAUCUCCCCUUCUGGAAUGUUUGAUCCUUGGAUUAAUGACUUCAACUACACUAUCAUGAAAAUUAUCGGAUUUCCACAGGAUCUACUGUCCCCAAUUGUCAGCUCGGAUCUAUCAGACCUUCCAAAACUACCAACCAUUGACAAAAAACAUUGUGGGAAGAAUUUGACGAUUACUGCAAUUUUAGCCGACCAACAAGCAGCCAUGUAUGGAUGCGGAAUGUGGAAGAAAGGCGACGUGAAGAUAACGCUUGGCACUGGUACUUUUAUCGAUAUCCAUACUGGUGACGAGCCGUAUACGUCAAUGUCUGGAAUGUAUCCUCUAGUUGCUUGGAGGAUCAAUGGAAAACCGGAGUUUGUCGCCGAGGGAAAUGCUCAUGACACGGCGGUGAUUCUACACUGGGCUCAGUCAAUUGGACUCUUUGAUGAUGUCACCAAAACUUCAGACAUUGCGCAUUCUGUAGAUUCUUCGAAUGGUACUGUGUUCGUCCCGGCAUUUUGUGGUAUCCAGACGCCUCUCAAUGACGAAGGAGCAUGCUCGGGUUUCUUGGCGAUUCGACCCGACACUAACAAAUCGCACAUGGUUCGAGCUAUAUUAGAGUCUAUCGCUUUCCGAGUAUAUCAGAUCUAUAACGCUGCUCUUGCCGAGCAACAUAUUGAUGCAAAAAGGCCUAUUAGAAUUUGUGGAGGAGUUUCGAAUAACGACUUCAUCUGUCAAUGCAUUUCCGAUCUUCUUGAUCGAGACAUUGAGCGAAUGGAAGAAUCGGAUCAUGUUGCUGCCAAAGGGGUCGCAAUGCUGGCCGGCUACUCGCAAGGAUACUGGACUAUGAGCCAGUUGUCGGAGUUGAUCAAAGUGUCUCAAGUAUUCCGACCAAAUGAGAAGUCGAGAAUGAGCCUGAUGAAGACUUACACAGUUUGGGAUAAGGCUAAGCCGCAAUGCAAACAGCCAGGCGCUGAAGUCGAGAUUCUGAAGCUUGUCUUCCAAUUGAUUGGUGUCAACUAUACUAUUCUGGAUGUUUGGAAAGAAUUCGGUGAACAAUAUGAUUUUGGAACGAAACAGGAAAAUGGAUCAUGGUCGGGAAUGAUUGGAUUACUAGUCGAAGGGAAGCUUGAUGUCAUUGGAUUAUCUAUGCGAAUGUCGCUGGAAAGAGAAGAAGCUGUACUUUUUUCGUACCCAACACGCUACUUUGAGAGCAUUUUCAUAAUUGCACCACCUUCAUUUACAUGUACGAGACAAUUUAUUUUCAACGCGUUUUCUCGUACGGUUUGGAUGCUUAUAGCCACAAGCUUCUUAUUAUUCUACGCUCUGAAAUUGUUUUUGAAUUUUAUGAAGCUGAAAAAGAAUUAUAAGGAUUAUUCCAAUUCUACGAUUUUCAUCCAUUUAUUUUCGAAUUAUUCAUCGGAUUAUACAGUUAGCUCGAAAUGCCUUGCUGUUAUAAUGUUGCUCGCUACAUUCAUAUUCUCGCAGCUUUACCAAACCGACAUGUACGCGUUUCUAUCAGCGCCGCUGAAAUAUGAUAUUCCGUUUCGAACCAUCAAAGAAGCAUUAGACAUCGUGGAACAGAAGAAGAUGUACUUUGCCGCGUUUGGCGCGCAAACAUUGCUGUGCACACCAGCGACAUGCGGCAAAUUCGAGGAAGCGGUCCGCAAAAAUCCGAUUCGAAGGGCGUACACGGUCAAAGGCGUCGAAGAUUUGAUAUUGAAAGGGGGUAUUUAUCAAUCAACUGUUGAUAGCGCACUCCUCCCUGGGGCAUUGUCAUGGCUUAAUCCGAAUCAAAAUUUCUUGAUAAUCCGAGAUGAGGAUGCACCAUCGUACUAUGUGGCAUUCACUUUUUCAAAACGACAGAAGAAACUGUUAAAAAAGUUCAACACUGCUCUCAUCGAAGUGCUCCCUGCAGUUAGCACAAUUACGACUGGGCACGGAUAUAACACGAAAAAAGUGCCGUUUGAGCUGCAAACCCCAAAUCCUCGGGUCCCGUUAUCAAUCGACAGGCACACGUGGCAAUUAUUUCGAAGUUUCAUCAUUUUGAUUAGCGUUUGCAUAUUUCUAUUCAUAUUCGAGGUCACAGAACUGGCGGGAAUCAGCUGUGAUUUGUGUGUAAGCGCCAUUUAUGGUGUAAACUAUGAUUAUCUUCAAGUGAAGAAAAGCGUGAUGGAUAUGAUCCGAUUGGACUGCGAGGCGUUAUUCCAUGAAAAAGCCGAAGAUAUUGCCACGUGCAUUCGAUUCAUGACGGAAAAGGUGGAAAAGUAUUCGAAUAAGGUAGAGAAGUUCCUUGAUGCUCGACACGUCUGUGUUCUAUUACGAGUUUGUCCUAUGGAGGAGGAUGAUAUUUGA